AUGUUCUUGUAUUGGGUUGAAAAGGGGGGUCUAGUAGCCCACUCCAACCUAGACUAUCUUCUCGGAUUAACCAACGCCCAGACAAAGCAGAGUGCAAAUCUUGUUGAGAAAUCGAGCUCAACGGUGGUCUUGGUGCAAACAACGACGAGGGUUCGAGAGGGUUAUAGAAUCUACAGUGUGCAUGUUGUUUGUGUGAAUGUCGCCAACUUCUGCUACAACAAGGAUGAUGAACUGGCAGAGCCAAGCGCUGCAAUGAUUGGCUACGAAGUUCUUUGCAAUUUGCCGGAGAGGAAGGAUGUGUUUGUUGGUGGCUCUGACACCUCAUUUACACUCCUAGAGUGGACAAUGUUCGAGCUUUUAAGGCAUCCAAGAAUCAUGGAAAAAUUGCAGAAUGAGGUCCGGGGAAUAGUUGGCAAGAAAACAGACAUAAUUAGAGAGGAUGAUUUGGUUGAAAUGCACUACUUGAAGGCAGUUAUCAAGGAGACUCUUCGCCUACAUCCUUCAAUUCCAUUGCUACUGCCCAGGCUAUCGACCCAAGAUGCACAAAUAAAUGGCUACGACAUUAAAGCCAACACACAAGUUAUAGUGAAUGCGUGGCAAAUUGGAAGAGAUCCCAAGUCAUACAACAAACCAGAGGUGUUCGAGCCAGAAAGGUUCUUGGACAGUGCCAUAGAUUAUAAGGGCAAUUACUUCCACUACAUUCCAUUUGGGGCUGGCAGAAGAGUUUGCCCAGGAAUUCAGUUUGCCAUGGCUGUCCAAGAGAUUGCUUUGGCAAAUUUAGUGCACAAGUUCACUGGGCGCUGCCCGAUGGCGCAAGAGGGGAGGACUUAG